GUUUAUUAAUUUUCUACAGUGAACCAUCAUUGCUGAAAAAGUCAGGCGAUGAAAUGGUUCAUACCAUGGGCGCUGGAGCUAAGAAAGGCCUGAAUGUGAGGGGCACGAGAUCGAAUGAUGCUGACUCCCAAACUAUAAUCAAGAACAUCGGCCCCGGCAGGCAUUCAAUCAAAUUCAACCUUGGAGUUUUUUCUCACAUUGGAAAUGCUGAAGAUAUUGCUGAUUGUGACGUAUUGCAGACGGGAAGCUACUCUUCUGAUAAGAUUCUGCCAGCUUUCACAAUAAUUGAUGCGCAGCAAAACGGAAAAGCUAUCCUAACUUCUGGCACUAAAGCUGUUCAUGACAGUGUGUUCAAAGAUCUGUCAGCAGAAAUAUGGAAAUGCACUAUCAGAGGUGUGGUACAAGAGAAUACACAAUUCCUAAGGGUUGUCUAUGACCAUACCCUGAAGACGAACCCUGAAUAUGACAUUGGGACAGUUGAGCAUCUGCAAAGAGACGAGGUUUGGUUGGAAGUUGAAGAUGGCCAACCUGUGGUCAGAGUGAGAGAGACCAAAUACCUUGAUAUUGUCAAUAAUUAUCGAGUUAUCAACUACAUCGGAUUACAUCUAUUAACGCCGAAGCUAAUAAGUUCUGAAUGAAAAGUGGUACUCCAAUAAUUGAAAACUAUCAAAGCAUCUCAGACAC